CCAUCUACAUCGCCAAAAGCUCCGACUCUUACCGCCUCGUCCCCGCGCUGUGCUCCCCAACACUUGAAAAAAAGACAACGGACAGCAGCCCCCAAAAGACUUUUUUGCCUCCUCCUUCAAACCCCUCCGAUCGCAUCCCCUCCCGGUCGACAAAUCCAAAAAGAAAAAACAAAAGCAAAAAAUGGCGUACCCGGCCCUCGACCAGCGUCCGCUCAAGGACACCAUCUGCCUGUUCGACGUCGACGGCACCCUCACGCCGGCGCGGCAGGACGUGACGCCCGAGGUGCUCGACAUGCUCGCGCGGCUGCGGCAAAAGUGCGCCAUCGGCUUCGUCGGCGGCUCCAACCUGCCCAAGCAGCAGGAGCAGCUGGGCUCGGCCAGCGUCGACGUCACGUCGCUCUUCGACUUUGCCUUCCCCGAGAACGGCCUGACGGCCUUCAAGAGCGGCGAGCCGCUGCCGUCGACGAGCUUCAUCGGCUGGAUCGGCGAGGACAGGUACAGGCAGCUGGCCAGCUUUGUGCUGCACUACAUCGCCGACCUCGACAUCCCCGUCAAGCGCGGCACCUUUAUCGAGUUCCGCAACGGCAUGAUCAACGUCUCGCCCGUCGGCCGCAACGCCUCGCACCAGGAGCGCAAGGACUUCCUCGCCUACGACGACGUGCACAAGGUCCGCGCAAAGUUUGUUGAGGUGCUCAAGGAGAAGUUUGGUCACUUUGGCCUGACCUUCUCCAUCGGCGGCGAGAUCUCCUUCGACGUCUUCCCCAAGGGCUGGGACAAGACCUACUGCCUGAACCACCUCGAGGAUGAGGCCAAGAAGCCCGGCGGCAUCACCUACAAGACCAUCCACUUCUUCGGCGACAAGACCAUGCCCGGCGGCAACGACUACGAGAUCUUCGAGGACCCGAGGACCAUCGGCCACACCGUCACCUCGCCCGACGACACCAUGGCCGAGCUCAAGAAGCUGUUCGACCUGUGAGUGUGAAGGGCCUUGCGAGAAGAGAGUAAUCACACAAUAGAAACAAAAAAAAGAGAACAAAGACGCUAUUUCACGACGGAAUCUGGUGCGUGAUUAGUGUGUGCGGAACACUCGCUGCGACCCUGAAGCGGGAUUUGGAAGGUAAAGGCUCCAAAAAAAAAGAGUAAAGACAAAAGUAAACUUGUAUGCGGAGGAAGACUUCGAGAUAUACAUGGGUGUUGCUGUUACCCUAGAUGGAGUUUGAUAAGGCGCCAACAAAGAAUUGGACCAGUUUCGAAAUUGGUGCUCUAUAUCUCGGGUUAUCACGUGAAAGGAGAUAACAAGACCGAAAGAUUGGAGCUAAAUACUAUUUUCACAAGGACAGCGCCGAGGACUUGAAUGAUGCGAGGGCCAAUAAUAGACUGGCUGGUCAUAAACUAAGUUACUUAUAAAAGAGCCAAACGCAGGUAUAAUUCCGCCUCGCUAAAUCACUUCUAGCUACAAGAAUCUGACAUGACAAGACAUUGGAAACAAUCCAAGCGGCGUGGGGGAGAAUACAGGGGCAUAGCAGGGCAUAAAUUGGCAGGAUGUAAAUGGGAUAUAUACGGCACAUGGAUGGAAGGCGACCGCGCGCUAUGACAAAGGGAUGCGCACGAAAAAUGUGACCGUCGAGCUGCUAUCCGACCGAGGAAGUAGAGACGAGGGGAAACAAUAGUGUCGGAGAAGAGACAUAUGUAAGGAAUCGGUGCCCGGAAUAGAAAACGACAGAUAGACAGGCGGACAGGAGACAUGCUGCUUGGCCAUGUACUUUAGUGGCCGUACUCGAGGUGCGG